AGCGGCUGGCAGCAAGUUUACCGGGAAAGCCCUUCGAGCCUGUCCGGGAAACCAAACACCGUGUAGAUAUAAGUUAGUGAGGAGGAGUAUCAACUUUCAAAGAAGCGCGAGUGGUAAUGUCAGGUUCAACUGUUGCCUCCAAAUACAUAAAGGCGACCAAAAGAAGUCUGUUUUUUUCUGGAUCAAUGCAUCACAAUGAUCCAAAUCAAGCAAGUGCAGUGCCAUCUUACAGUUACAGCUAGCGUUUUGGAUCCUUAUGCUGCGGGCAGGAUCGUAUCCUUCUGUGCAGUCUCACCCAGCGCAGAUGUCUCUUACGCUGACAAACUCUUUCUUCGUCUUCAAUAUAGAAACACUUUCAUUUGGAACAAUAUGAUCAAAGCUUUUGUUGAAACAAACCAAAACACUAGAGCCCUUUCUCUCUGCAAGAAAAUGGUUCAGAGUGGAUUCAUGCCGAAUAAUUAUACCUUCUCUUUUGUUCUUCGAGCUUGCACUCAGAAUGGACUGAUACAUUUUUACGCGAGUUGUAGCUUGAUGGACUCAGCACGUAAAGUCUUUGAUAUGGGUGUUAACCGAGACGUUAUUACAUGGACUGCUUUAGUAAAUGGGUAUGUUAAAUGUGGGGAAGUUGGAGUGGCGAAGCAACUGUUCGAUCAAAUGCCUGAGAAGAAUGCAGUUUCAGGGUUUCGGCCUAAUCAUAAUGCUGCAAUAGUGGGAGCUCUCACUGCUUGUGCUUUUCUUGGUGCUCUGGAUCAGGGAAGGUGGAUACAUGCAUAUGUGGAUAGAAAUGGGAUGGAGUUGGAUAAAUUGUUAGGCACUGCAUUGAUUGACAUGUACGCAAAAUGCCUGGCUAAUCAUGGUCAAAGUGCUAGAGCCCUUGAGUUGUUUGCAAGGAUGCAGAAUGAAGGAGUUGUUCCUAACGAAGUUACUUUUAUAUGCAUUCUAAGUGCUUGCAGUCGAAUGGGAUUGGUGGAUGAAGGACUAAGAAUAUUCAGUAACAUGAGCAAGGUUUAUGGGAUUGAGCCUGGGGUUCAGCACUAUGGCUGUUUGGUGGAUCUUUUGGGCAGAGCAGGGAUGCUAGACGAUGCAAAGAAAUUAGUGAGAGAGAUGCCACUGGAACCAGACUCCUUUGUCUUGGGUGCAUUACUCGCCUGUAGAAUGCACGGUGAUGUUGGGCUGGUUAACCAAUGGAAGGGGGUGGUAAAGGUGAGGGAGGAAAUGGCAGAGAAGAAGGUCAGGAAGGUUCCAGGCUGUAGCUUAAUUGAAGUGGAUGGUCAGGUUUGUGAAUUUGUUGCAGGAGAUAGGUUUCAAGUGCAUAUGGAGGAGGCCAUGCUAGUUUUAUUAGGGACUGAUAAUCAUUUGAGGUUUGCUUGGGAUGAUGAUGAUAACGAUCAAUUUCUGACCAUUGAAUAAGUCAUAACCAAGAGCUGAUUUUAAACAAACCACACUACAAGAUGAUAAAGAGAAACCAGAUCAAAACACAAGGUACUUUUAUGAUGUUUUUCCUUCUAUUUUUACAUUACUUUCCUUCGUGUGAGUGCAGAUUUAUUCUUUUUCUCGGGGAAAGACUAUCCUUGUAAUUGUAGUUGUUUUUAUUUAUUUAUUUAUUUAUUGUUUUUGAAUGUUGGGGGUGGAGUUGAACCCCACAUCUACCAGACUUUAUAUGAGAAGUCCUUUACAACGGAGAUGUGACCACUAAGCCACAAGGACAUUCUCAUCCUUGUAAUUGUAGUUGAUCCUUUGACGCAUGCAAUUUUUCAUAAUUGCUAGUAAAGUCACUUUUUUUUU